AACAAUCACACCUUCCUCAAAGGGAAGUCCUUAUGGAGCGGCGGUUGCUACCAGAAGCGAGCUCCACAAUGGAGCAGUGAAAAUUCGUUUAUGCUUAAUUUAUGCAUAUGCUUCUUUCCAUGUUUAAUAUGUGGUUCGAAUAUCUCCUGCUCUUUUUUGGGAUGAUUUGCAUUUUGCUAACUGUGGUUCUAGCAACAAUACCGAACAACUUACGAAUAUAAAAAUGGUACCAUACGAUUAUCGAUCCGCAUGGAAAGCAGACCGUCCCGGCGCGAACUACGUGAUCAGAGUUUACGCUGAAUAUGUUGUUGACUUCAGUGAUGUGUUGCACGCUCUAAUUCGAAGAGGGUAGGAUUGUGAACUGAUUUUAUAUUAGUGUGAGUGGAAUAUCCAGAAACGGCACGGAUAUUGAGGAGAUGGACCAUACGACUUUGGCAAUGGAGGGUCAACGCUCCCCAGAUGUGAGAAAUUACACCAGCAAAUUGUCUCUGGAAAUUGGACGAAUAAUCUAGAAAGAAGUAAGAGCCGUUCUCUUGGACGCGCUAGUGCUUAAAACACGCCAAUAAAAACAUCGAUACAAAUUUGAGAAUCAUUCGAUGAGUCGGGUAAGAAGCAGUUACGAUGGAUGUAGCGCCUUCUGCAUUUACACAUCAGCUUCGGUGGUCAAUUUGUGGCUGCGUGGGGACAAAUUCGUAAUGAAAGUACUUCGCUCUUUCUACCUUCGGCUCUCACUAAAGAGCACCUGCCACACAUAGAAAGUGUUCUUCUCAACACUAUAUGUGAUAUGGGGUCUAGUUGAGGAAACAUCGAGAUGAGAAAAGUGGCUCAACUACUUCCUUUCUCCCUUCUUUUCGUUCGUACUCAUGUGGCUGAGUUCAUCCAUUUCUGAUGUCAAUAUUUGCAGUGCCCUUUUUCCAAAC